GGACAGAAGACCUCUAGCUUGGAUCUGUCUUGAUUUCUGCAGUUCAACACCUGCUCCUGUGUCACACAGGUCCUUCUCUAUCUUCUUCUCAUACCCAUCAGAUCUUUUCCAUCAUGGCACCACUGUGGCUUCAUUCCGCCUCGGUUCUGGUCUUAUUGGUCAUGUCAUGGCCAUGUUCCAGAGCUCUUUCUUCACAACAUCUUUGUGGCCCCCAUCUCGUUGAGGCCCUCAAUAUGGUCUGUGGAGACAGAGGGUUUUUCACUAGUUCAAGGAGAGAUCUCGACUCUGUGCUACGUAUCAUUCCACCAAAAACUGAUGAGGCACCACCAACAGGCGAUAUCAAUGAGAUUGUGGGGUAUGCCUUCAAAAAACAAAUGGAUAUGAUGAUGAAGCGUGACGGCAUUGUAGAACAGUGCUGUCACCAGCCGUGCAGCAUGCUGGUCCUGGAUAAGUACUGCAACUAAUUGGGCAACAUCAGCAACUCCACGAUUAGCUUCAUCUUUGCUACUCUAGCUUCGCGAUGCUUUGAUUAAACUCUGCACCUUUCUGUAAUUUCUCACCAGAAGACUUGCAGGCACAUGGAAUAUCUGCAAAGCAAGUGAAUGUAUUAAAUAUAUUUUCCUAGUUUUGUGAAUUGA